AUGACUGGAUUCACCGCAUCACAAAGGAAUAGUGCAGUUACUGAUUCUAGUGAAACCAAUCUCACUCCUUGGGAACAUUUGCUUCGCGCUGUCAAAGGAUUUCUUGAUAUUCGUAUACGGCAAGUUUCUUUUAACGAUCAAAUUACCGUGAUUCUAUUUGGCGAUCGAGCAACACGAAUUUAUAAUCGACAAAAGCUAACUGAAAUCGAUAUAGACCGACUAAACAUACCGAUGAAACUAUGUGGUGAACGUACGAACUUUUCUGCUGCAUUUCAGAUGGCUAUUAACACACUGGAAGAAGUUAAUAGGAAUCCAGAACGAAAUAGAUUCCGACAAACAAUUAUUUUUAUGACCGAUGGUGAACCUCAAGAAUAUCCGAAGAAAGAGUUAUCACAGUUGUGUGAUUACAGGCCAGGUUCGUAA